CCGCCGAGGGAGCGGCGGGGCCGGCGCCAUGGCCGAGCGGGGCCGCCUGGGCCUGGCCGGCGCGCCCGCCGCGCUCAACACGCCGGUGCCCAUGAACCUGUUCGCCACCUGGGAGGUGGACGGCUCCAGCCCCAGCUGCGUGCCCAGGUUGUGCAGCCUGACCUUGAAGAAGCUGGUGGUCUUCAAGGAGCUGGAGAAGGAGCUCAUCUCGGUGGUGAUUGCUGUCAAGAUGCAGGGCUCCAAGCGGAUCCUGCGGUCCCACGAGAUCGUGCUGCCCCCCAGUGGACAAGUGGAAACUGACCUGGCGCUGACGUUCUCCCUGCAGUACCCCCACUUCUUGAAAAGAGAAGGCAACAAGCUUCAGAUCAUGUUGCAGCGAAGAAAGCGGUACAAGAACCGGACGAUCCUGGGCUACAAAACGCUGGCGGCUGGUUCCAUCAACAUGGCCGAGGUGAUGCAGCAGCCGUCGGAGGGCGGCCAGGUGCUGAGCCUCUGCAGCAACAUCAAGGAGGCCGCGGUCAAGGUGGCCGAGAUCUGGAUCUUCUCCCUGUCCAGCCAGCCUAUCGACCACGAGGACAGCACCAUGCAGGCCGGCCCCAAGGCCAAGUCCACCGAUAACUACUCCGAGGAGGAGUACGAGAGCUUCUCCUCCGAGCAGGAAGCCAGCGACGACGCCGUGCAGGGGCAGGAUUUGGACGAGGAUGACUUCGACGUGGGGAAGCCCAAGAAGCAACGGCGAUCGAUAGUAAGAACGACGUCCAUGACCAGGCAACAGAACUUCAAGCAGAAGGUCGUGGCCCUGCUGCGGAGGUUUAAAGUUUCCGACGAGGUCCUGGACUCGGAGCAGGACCCUGCAGAGCAUGUCCCCGAGGUGGAGGAGGACCUGGACCUUCUGUACGACACGCUGGACAUGGAGAACCCCAGUGACAGCGGCCCCGACAUGGAGGACGACGACAGCGUCCUCAGCACCCCCAAGCCAAAGCUCAGGCCGUACUUCGAAGGCUUGUCCCACUCCAGCUCGCAGACAGAGAUCGGGAGUAUCCACAGUGCCCGGAGCCAGAAGGAGCCUCCGAGUCCGGCUGACGUGCCUGAGAAGACGCGGGCCCUCGGAGGGAAGCAGCCAAGUGACAGCAUCUCCGAUUCCGUGGCCCAUAGCGCGCCCACCCCGGGGGAGCCGCCAGCCCCGCCCGAGGACAGCCCGGAGGUGGAGCCCUCUGCCCUGGACACGUUCACCGAGAAGCUGCCACCCAGCGGGCGGAUCACCAAGACAGAGUCUCUGGUCAUUCCCUCCACCAGGGCCGAGGGGAAGCAGGCCGGCCGCCGGGGCCGGAGCACGUCGCUGAAGGAGCGGCAGCCGGCGCGUCCGCAGAACGAGCGGGCCAACAGCCUGGACAACGAGCGCUGCCCGGACACUCGGAGCCAGCUGCAGAUCCCCAGGAAGACUGUGUAUGACCAGUUAAACCACAUCCUCAUCUCAGAUGACCAGCUCCCCGAAAACAUCAUUCUUGUCAACACCUCGGACUGGCAGGGGCAGUUCCUCUCAGACGUCCUGCAGCGGCACACGCUCCCCGUGGUGUGCACGUGCUCUGCUGCCGACGUCCAGGCGGCCUUCAGCACCAUCGUCUCUCGGAUACAGAGAUACUGCAACUGCAAUUCCCAGCCGCCGACCCCCGUGAAGAUCGCCGUGGCGGGAGCGCAGCAUUACCUCAGCGCCAUUCUGCGGCUCUUCGUGGAGCAGCUGUCCCACAAGACCCCCGACUGGCUGGGCUACAUGCGCUUCCUCGUCAUCCCGCUGGGCUCCCACCCGGUGGCCAGAUACCUGGGCUCCGUGGACUACAGGUACAACAACUUCUUCCAGGAUCUGACCUGGAGAGACCUAUUCAACAAACUGGAGGCCCAGAGCGCCGUGCAGGACACGCCGGACAUUGUGUCGAGGAUCACGCAGUACAUCUCAGGGGCCAACUGCGCCCACCAGCUGCCCAUCGCGGAGGCCAUGCUGACCUACAAGCAGAAGAGGAGAAAGAACUUUCAUUUUGACUUUACUCUCAGCCCCGACGAAGAGUCCUCUCAGAAGUUCAUUCCCUUCGUAGGGGUGGUGAAGGUUGGAAUAGUGGAGCCAUCUUCGGCCACUUCAGGUGACUCAGAUGACGCGGCCCCCUCGGGCUCCAGCGCACUCUCGUCCACCCCGCCGUCCACAUCUCCCGCGGCCAAGGAGGCCUCACCCACCCCGCCCUCCUCCCCGUCGGUGAGCGGGGGCCUGUCCUCCCCCAGCCAGGGCGUCGGCGCCGAGCUGAUGGGGCUGCAGGUGGAUUACUGGACGGCAGCCCAGCCCGCAGACAGGAAGAGAGAUGCGGAGAGGAAGGACCCGCCCACCACCAAAAACACACUCAAGUGCACCUUCCGGUCUCUCCAGGUCAGCAGGCUGCCCGGCAGCGGCGAGGCUGCGGCCACGCCCACCAUGUCCAUGACCGUGGUCACCAAGGAGAAGAACAAGAAGGUGAUGUUUUUGCCCAAGAAAACCAAGGACAAGGAUGUAGAGUCCAAAAGCCAGUGCAUCGAGGGCAUCAGCCGCCUCAUCUGCACCGCCAAGCACCAGCAGAACAUGCUGCGGGUCCUCAUCGACGGUGUGGAGUGGAACGACGUCAAGUUCUUCCAGCUGGCGGCCCAGUGGUCCUCCCACGUCAAGCACUUCCCCAUCUGCAUCUUUGGACACUCCAAGUCCACCUUUUAGCCCCGCCUGCCAAGGGGCCGCGCCGGCUCCCCGCCCUGCAGCCCUGCGAUGGCCGAGCGCCGGGAGGGCCCAGCUGCUUUUCUGUUAACAUUUCAGUUUACUGCAGAGACAGACCCUUAAAAACCCAGAGAAAAACAGUCUUAAGUAUGAACAUGCUCACUACCUGGAAACUAACGGGGCAGCCCCCCACCGGGACCCCACAACUGCUCUGCUUCUUAACCAGAACGUUCGGCAGGGGUGGGAGGUCAGGCGGACAGUGUUGAACUUGAGAAUCGUGGAAGGUGUGUUGUGGCCUCAGGACUCCCCCCACCCAGCCCCCCAACAAGAAGGGUUCUUGC